AUGUGCCAGGAGCCUUUCCAAAGUGCAAUUCACAUCUUUGGAAAGGACGAUGAGAAAGCAAAGGUUGCCAGUGAAGCUGUCCAUCUUUAUCCAAGCUCGGAGACCCCCUGGCUGAGAGAGGAACAAAACAAUGCUUGUCUCCUCCUUCCUGGGAGUUAUGCAGACUUAUCUGUGGACGUAGAUCCGGGGGAACUGACUCAAGCUCGGGCAGAGAUCCAGAAUAUAGAUCUAUCUCAUCUUUUGCAACAGGAUGAAGACGGCGACACGUUGCUCCAUCUCUUUGUGGCCCAAGGUCUCCGUCCGUUGUCAUAUGCUGCAGCUGAAAUGCUCCGAGAUUGUGGACAGUUGGAUGUCAAGGAACACAGGGGGAAGACUCCAUUAUUAGUGGCGGCUGCAGCCAACCAACCGAAGAUCGUGAAGGACCUGAUUUUGCUGGGAGCAGAUGUCAAUGCCAUGGACCAAAAGGGGCAGACUGUGCUGCACCUUGGCGCCACCUAUGGACUGCCCAGUGUCAUCGAGGCUGUCAUGAUGACGGGUGCUCCUGUCAACGUGGAGGCCAGAAAUUUUGAAGGUCUCACUCCUUUGCACUGUGCCGUCAUGGCUCACAAUGCUGCCUUCCAGACCCAAAACAUGGAGCCCUUGUCCCAACAUCGCCUGCAGCAGUUACUGCUCUGUAUUCAGCGGCUUUUGCAACUUGGUGCUGAUUACAAGAGCCAGGACUUGAAGAGCAGUAAAACCAUCCUGCAUUUGGCUGUUCAGGCUGCAAACCUGCCUUUGGUCCAGUUCCUUCUCAAACUGCCUGGACAAGAACGUCAGAAUUUUGUGAACAUUAAGGCCCAUGGCAACACAGCUCUGCAUAUGGCCGCUGGUCUACAUGGCCAUCCCUAUCAAGAACAGAUUGUCCGCCUCCUGCUAGACCACUGGGCCGAUCCCACAGCCCGCAACCCAGAGAACGAGCAGCCCGUUCACCUGUUGACUACAGGACCAGCAGCCGAGCAGCUGCGUCUUUUGCUUCGAAGCCGCCGCUCAGGCCCUGGGUUGGUGUAUCCCCCAUCCUUCACCUGA